AUGAACUUCACGGCAAGAAUAUCUCAUGCCAGUGGGAUUUCUAGGAUUCUACUUUCCCCUGUAAGCAGACGUUGGAUCCAUAUAACGCCUAUAAGUCUUGAUAAUUCAAGAGGGUCACUAUUCGGAAGCAUUACAGAAAAUAGAACGAAGGAAGGUAAAAAUAGGGAGGAUGAACAUGCGAGUAGCUUCUCUAAUAGGCUAGCGGUUGCUUCUGAUUCUUCUGGAGAAGCCCCUGAAGUUGAUAGGGAUUCGAUAACUAUAGAAAACGAUAAGCUGCUACAGCAACAUAUCGUAUCAUUGCAGCAACCGGAACAAUUAGCAUCGCAAACCUUAUUGUCUCCUUUGAAGAGAAAAAUAUAUGAAGCUAAUUGUAAAAUUAAUGGUGGAUUCUACAAGAAAGAUACUAUUGUAAAGUUACCAAAUUCUAGCGAACGUUACAAGCUAAAUUUAACGAGAAAAGAAAUUGAAGUGCUAGAACCCUCCGUAUAUGUUCAGUCGUAUAGAAUUAAAUCUUCGAUGAAAAAGGCUACACUUCUAUUGAGAUUAUUAGGAGGGCUUGACGUUAUGAAGGCUAUAUCUCAAUGUCACUUUUCUAAUAAGAAAAUUGCCCGUGAAGUGGCAGAACUACUUCAAAAAGCUGUUAAGGAUGGCCAAAAAUUAGGCUUGAAACCAGAAAAUUUGUACAUCUCUCAGAUUUGGACAGGUAGUGACGGAUUUUGGAGAAAACGCGUUGAAUUUAAGGCAAGAACAAGAGUUGGUAUCAUAAGUCAUCCUUACAUACAUGUCAGAUGUAUUCUGAGAACAAAGAGUGUUACAAAACAAAGACUUGCUUAUGAAGCACAUUCAAAAGAGCAAAGGAGAGCGCCAUGGGUACAACUAGGAGACAAGCCAAUUAGAGGUGUUACGGGUGGCGUAUACAAAUGGUGA